GGAGCUGAGCUGCCCCAGCCACCCCCCUCCCCGCCUGCCCGCCCGCCUUCUUGCCCCGAAUGAAAAGCAGGGGAUUCGGGGAAUAGCGACGGGAAGACGGACCGCGGAGGGAGAACGCCUCAUGGAUUAGCCUGCCCUCCGCCUCGGGGUGCUUUCCCCCGCUCGGUUUCGUUUCUGCCCGCAUAAAUCAGUGCGUCUCACUGUGUCCGGGGCCGGUCUGAUUCAGGGAUCAAACUCCGCUGCGGUCGGUUAGCACAACUCCACCAAAGUUAGCCCGCUCCGGCUACUUUAGCCCUUCAAGCUAACCAUUACAGACUCAAACACCGCGGAGGGAACCGGAGUUACGGCGUAAAGUUCCGAGUUAUGUCGCAUCACGAGAUUAACUUCACCGACGGAUGAUCCUGAAGUGGGCCGCGGGUGCUACCGGAGCGAGCCGGACUACCGACGCUAUGCUGGGCUCGACUCUUCGCAGCCCGUCUGGGCGCAGAGGUUGGCCGCUCUCGGGGCUGUGGAGGCCGGGGGGCUUCUCCUUCUUCCUGCUGCUGCUGCUGGAGGGCGCGGGCUGCCUGGCCAACCCGGGCGGGCCCCCGGGCGUCUAUUACGGCAACAAGCCUUUGGUCAACAUCUACAUGAGCGUGGAGGAGGUGAAGAAACUCCUGGGUCUGGAUGCAGAGCUCUACUAUGUACGGGACGAUGUAGUGAACCAUUAUGCGCUCUCUUUCAACAUGCCAGUUCCCACCGAGACCAACAGCCUUUUCUUCACAUGGUAUUCCAAGACCAAGGUCGACUAUCGCCUGGAGUUCCAUGUUGAGAACCCUGUAGCCCUCAUCCAGCCAAGAUGCAACAUCAGUGUUCAGGGGGAGCUGCCCCGUCUUCCCUCUGUUUUCAAAGUGGACGUUGUCUGUUCGGGCAGAGUGGAUGAAGAGGCCUUCCUAACAAUGCAGCUCAAUCUCACCAACCAUGCCAACAAUUAUACAGUGCUCAACUUCAAGAGGAGGAAAAUGUGCUAUAAAAGAAUAGGCUCGGACCCCGGCGUUCCCAUUCCCCUCAACAACAACACCGUUCCACCAUUUGACAUAAAGGGUGUUGCCCCGCCCACCACCUCCACCCAGGUGUUUUACAUAAGUGUUAGUGUCUGCUGCAUUGUCAUCUUCCUGGUGGCCAUCAUCCUGGCCAUCCUUCACCUGCACAGCAUGAAGCGAGUGGAGAUGGAGGACAGUGUGAGUGACAGUGGAAGCUCGCAGGGCCUGUCGCAGCCGUCCACCCAGACCACCCAGUACCUGAGGGCCGACACGCCAAACAACGCAGCGCCGGUCUCCAACCCUGGUUCUGCACCCAUACUCCAGCUUGCUGCCUCCUCCUUCCAAAGCCCUGGUGCCCCCCCUCAUGAAAACAGAAGCUACCCGUCUCUGCGGAUAGAGAAGAACGACCUGAGAAGUGUGACUCUCAUGGAGGCCAAGGCUAAAGUGAAAGACAUUGCUCUGUCGAGGGAGAGAGUCACGCUGAAAGACGUCUUACAUGAAGGCACAUUUGGACGCAUCUUCCACGGCGUGCUGCUGGAUGAAAAGGACCCCACCAAGGAAAAGGAAGUCUUUGUGAAAACGGUCAAAGAUCACGCCUCGGAGGUGCAGGUGACCAUGAUGCUGACUGAAAGCUGCAAACUGAGGGGACUUCAUCACAGGAACCUGCUGCCCAUCAGCCACGUGUGCAUCGAGGACGGGGAGAAGCCCAUGGUGCUGCUGCCUUUCAUGCCGUGGGGAAAUCUCAAGCUCUUCCUGCGGCAGUGCAAGCUGGCCGAGGCCAACAACCCUCAGGCGAUCUCUCAACAGGACUUGGUCUACAUGGCCAUCCAGAUUGCGUGUGGAAUGAGCUACCUUGCGCGCAGGGAGGUCAUACACAAAGACCUGGCUGCCAGGAACUGCGUCAUCGACGACAGCAUGCAGGUGAAGAUCACAGAUAACGCCCUCGCCCGAGAUCUAUUUCCUAUGGAUUACCACUGUCUGGGGGAUAAUGAGAACCGACCUGUCCGUUGGAUGGCUCUGGAAAGCUUGCUCAACAAUGAUUUCUCCAGUGCCAGUGAUGUGUGGGCUUUUGGAGUGACGCUGUGGGAACUCAUGACUCUGGGCCAGACCCCCUACGUGGACAUCGAUCCUUUUGAGAUGUCUGCCUACCUGAAGGACGGCUACAGGAUAGCUCAACCCAUCAACUGUCCGGAUGAGCUGUUUGCAGUGAUGGCUUGCUGCUGGGCUCUGGACCCUGAAGAGAGGCCCAAGUUUCAGCAGCUGGUUCAGUGUCUGACCGAGUUCCACGCGGCGCUGGGGGCCUACGUGUGAAGACCGGGCAGCUGGAGGACACUCCAUGUAAAACUGUGCCUUAUGUGUGGCAGGAGCUCACUUUACCCUGAUGGUUUUAUCUUGUACAGGUCUCACCGACUUCUUAUAGCCAAACAGACUUUUUUAGAGAAUGAAAAUGACUUGUUCGUUGAAGCUGACUCCAAAGCGCCCCCCCACAGAGGAACACAGACAGAUGCCUGCAGACGGUUUUGGGCCACAGAGAUGUUUAGUAAGAAAUCCCAGGGCUGUCUCCAGCUCCAGCACGGUCUCACACGUCCGGCGUGGAUUUGCUUCAGAUGCUUCCAGCAGAACAUCCGGGUUUCAAACUGGACCUGAACCGGUUUGGCAUGAGACCAAGCCAGCAAGGCCAAAUGGGCAGAAAAUGUGGACCUGAUUGGGUUUGUCCACAUUGGUUUAAUUGGGAACUCAGUGGGUUAGCUCGGUACACUGGCCAGCCUGUGGACGAUGUAGCAUGCUAGCAAGCUCCGCUGUCGUGAGCUAGCGAGCUCUGUUGUAUCAGGCAAGCGAGCUCCAUUGUAUUAAGCUAGUGAGUUCCAUGUGGCGAGCUAGCGAGCUCCGCUAUAGCAAGCUAGCAAGCUCCGCUGUGGCGAGCUAGUGUGCUCUGCUGUGGCGAGCUAGUGUGCUCUGCUGUGGCGAGCUAGUGUGCUCUGCUGUGGCGAGCUAGUGUGCUCCGCUGUGGCGAGCUAGCGAGUUCCGCUGUAGUGAGCACCGCUGUCCACCAGGAGGCUGGCUAGCAUAGCGAGCUAACCCACUGAGGGUCCACUUGAGCUAAUGUGGACAAACACAGGGGAUCCACCACAGAAAUGUGCUGGCUGCGUGGCAGCUCAGAACAGACCUUGAAGUGAGGUCCGAUGGUACCGAGCUUUCCUCCAGAGCUCCAGUUUUAAUCUGCUGUGUCAGCACGCAUCAGCCAGCUUUUUUGGGGCCUCUUGUCCUGAAGCUCCUCCGUCUUCGUGCUCGUUCUGUUGAAAGACGGCUGGUGUAUUGAUCACUGUGAACACACUGCCUUCCAGCUGCUCCGGCGGUUCUCUCACCUGUUGCGUCUUCGCCAUGUGUUUUAUGGUCACUGCAUGUUGAAAUGGCUGUAAACUGUUUCCUGUUGUCAUAUCCACAAAAUAAAGACGGUAUUUUAAAUACA